AUGGAUGUGGGUAGCAAAGAGGUCUUGAUGGAGAGUCCCCCGGAUUACUCAGCAGGUCCCAGGAGCCAGUUCCGCAUCCCGUGCUGCCCCGUGCACCUCAAACGCCUUCUCAUCGUGGUUGUGGUGGUGGUCCUUGUUGUCGUGGUGAUCGUAGGGGCCCUGCUCAUGGGCCUCCACAUGAGUCAGAAACAUACCGAGAUGGUCCUUGAGAUGAGCAUUGGAGCACCGGAAACUCAGAAACGCCUAGCCCUGAGUGAGCACAUGGACACCAUCGCUACCUUCUCCGUUGGUUCCACUGGGAUUGUUGUGUAUGACUACCAGCGGCUCCUGACUGCCUAUAAGCCAGCCCCGGGAACCUACUGCUGCAUCAUGAAGAUGACUCCAGACAGCAUCCCUAGUCUUGAGGCUUUUACUAGAAAAUUCCAGAAUUUCCAGAUAUAUAGGUGCUCUUUCCAGGCCAAGCCCUCAGCAUCCACCUCUAAGCUGGGCCAGGAGGAAGCGCAUGAUACUGGUUCCGAGUCUUCUGGGAGAGACCUGGCUUUCCUAGGCCUUGCUGUGAGCACCUUGUGUGGAGAGCUACCACUAUACUAUAUCUAG